UAUUUUAGAAGUGUCGGUUUCGCGACUCCUCUCCUCCUCCUGCGAGUUGGGGUUGAUUUCGGCGCGGGAAAGGGCGGUGUUUCCUUCCUCUCGCUUUGGUGUUUGUGCUCGAGAUUGUGAUCGAUUUGGCAAUUGCAAACAGCGGAAGAAGCUUGAUCCGAUGGAUGGGGAUCGGCAAAGAAGAGCGCCCCUCAAAUCCCGUCAUCCCGAUUUGAAAGAGAAGCUUAGACAGUGUUGCUUGGAAAGAAUCAAAGAGGAGAGAAACCAAUUACUAUGGAAGAUCAGGUCGAACAGGCAGCAAUCUCAAGAGACAGAGGACAUUGUGGAGUCAACAUUGAGGGAAAUAGUUUCUGAUGAGCUGCAGAGAAUGCAGCCAUCUUUAGUUGAAAAUCAGAGAAACAUUGUUUCCAAGAACAAUGAUGUAAUAUGGGAAUUUGAUGGCCUGCAUUUGGAAAACUCAACUGAAACUGCAAGUGAAGAGCUGAUGUUGGAGAUGCAAAGACUUCUAUACGAGGACCUGAGAGAGGAGUUAAUUAGGAGAGAGCUUGAAUUUUUCGAAAAGGAAGAUGAAUACUUAGCUCAAGCAGUUUUGGAAAACAUGAAUCUUAAUGACAACCAGUUGGGCAAUCACAGCUUUGACUCCAUUGAAUGGAGCCAAUGGUGGGGGACAGUCAUUCUACUACAUCCAGUGAAUGCUGAAAACAACAAAGUAUGGUGCCCAAUCUGCAAAAGAGGAGAACUGCGAGAGAAUCAUCAUAUCAUAUGCUGUACUAAUUGCAAUCUUCGGUUUGAUGCUGGAAUCGAUAAGUUAAAUCUGAACUUCCUCAAAAGCCGGUUGGGUGAGGUGCACAUGGAUCAUCUGAACAGAGGAUGCAAAGCAACACCUAGUUUCUGUAUGCAGGCUAUGUUCAAUCUCAAUGCACUUUUUAUACAAUGUGAAGUAUGUGAUACAUUUGAAAUCGUGAUAUAACUUGUGAUUACCAAAGAGAAACAUAGUUUAGCAACCAGUACACAUGGUAGUAGACCAUGCUACAUCAAUGCCAAGUUAUCAUGUAUAAAGGGCAGUCGUAUGCAGUCGGUAUGCAUCCUGCAUUCUUUUAUUUCUAGUGGAGAAUGUUCCAGCCAUCACAUGUUGAAUUUUUCAUAAAAUUAUUUAUCACAUGAUAUAUGCUGAUA